GUUGCCAAAGUGAUGCCUAGGGAUACCUUCUACUUUUCCAUCCUGAGGAACCCUGUGGCCAUGAUGGAGUCCAUCUUCAUCUAUUACAGAAGCAUCCCAGCCUUCCACAAGACUCACAGCUUGGACAACUUCCUCGACAACAGUUGGAAAAACUACAACUCAUCGGUGACCAACAACCACUACGCUCACAAUAUCUUGGCUUUUGACUUUGGCUUCGACAACAACGUUGCACCUGGUGCUGAUGACCUGGAGGAGAGAACCAGCAUGGCCAUUGCAGCCAUUGAACGAGACUUCCACCUUAUUCUCAUCUCUGAAUACUUUGAUGAGUCCAUGAUCCUGCUCAAGCAUGCUCUCUGCUGGUCCCUCGAAGAUGUUGUUUCUUUUAAGCUCAACAGUCGCAGUGAAAAAUCCCGUCACCCACUUUUACCAGAAACUGCAGAGAAAAUAAAGAGGUGGAAUGCUUUGGACUGGAGGAUCUACCUGCACUUUAACACCUCAUUCUGGCUCAAAGUGGAUAGUCUUGUUGGGCAAGAGCAGAUGAAGAGAGAAGUCUCUCAGUUGAGAGAGCUACAGACUAAGCUGGCAAACAGCUGCCUGAAAGAUGGGGGGGCAGUUGACCCGUCCAAGAUAAAAGACGUGGGGCUAAAGCCCUUCCAGUAUGGAGCAGCUGUAAUUCAGGGAUAUAACUUAAACCCAGACUUAGACACAGAGACAAAAAUUAAAUGUGAAAGACUUAUAACUCCAGAACUGCAGUACACAGACCGUUUAUACACCCAGCAGUUCCCAGAGCUGGCCGCUAAGCAUAAACAAGAAACUAAGGGGGUGUCUCCACGGCGACAGCGCUCCGACAGGACUGGUAUCACUGGAAGAGCCUGGGCAAGGGACGCCCAUUACAGACAGAUGAUGAGGCGCAAAUUCUCUAAUCUAAAGAACCAAAAGGCCUUGACAAGUGCCCUGUUACCACACACUGACGCUAAAAACUAUAGAAGUAUGCCAUGAUUGGUCACUGCAACUAAUUGUCAUGGUAAAUGUUGUUUUAAUGGGAGCAGCUCAGUUUUGAAACAUACUAUAUUUCUAGAAUGACCCUGGCAUGGUAUUAUCCAUCAUAUCCAACUAAAUGAAAAUGUUAAGAUGGACCAAACAAAAUAUUGUUGUGCAUUUGUUAUAGCCUUACAAAUACUGAAGUUAAAAAUGUAAAGGUGUUCUUUAAGGUGAUGGUACGGGAGUUUUUACAUGUGUUAAGUUGAAUUAAGUUAAUUUGAGUUAUACUUACGUUUAUUGUCAAUUCUACUUACAGGUCUGCUAACUAACAGUUAAGAAUCUAUGAUAAAAGCAAUCAACUUUUACUGGUUGCUCUUUCCAUCUCAAGUAAAUAUAAUAUCCCUUAUUCUCUUGUCUAUUCCAAAUAAUGGUAACUGUCCAGCCUAACCAGUCAUUUGACCAACUAUCAUAAAAAGGAAAAUACCAUUAUUCUCCUAUCAGCAAUAAAUCAUAGCACAACAAUAUCUUAUAGUACCAGAAACUAAGCGGGUGGUGGGGGGGAAUAGAAUGUUUUUUGCUAGUGCCAAUAAAGGUAGCGCUAGUUGUUUUUAUACUAUCCCAACCAAUAGAUAGUAUUGCCUUAAACCCACCCAUGAUAUAAUCCCUUGGUUUAAAUGUCACCCUUCCCACAGAGCGGAUAACACCAACAGCAAACUUGGCAGACUACAGUAAAAUAGCAAUGCAGGAAUUAUUAAAUUAUUUUCAAUAACAAUAUGAGGCUAUAAUGCGUUUAGUCAUUUCACUUCUGCCAGUCAACACACAUUUCUUAUUACAUUUAACUUUAAGAAAUGUAUCAGUUAGAUAAGUCUGUGCAGUUAACUCUUCAACUGUUUCAUGUCUGAGGUCUGUUUACAUGUUGUUAAAUGUGUCAACGCACCAGAUGUUGAAACAGCUGUUUCUACCAGCCUCCCUCUGCAGAUUUUGACAGAGAGUUGUUCAGGAAUUAUAACAGUUCUCUAUCCCUACUACCUAACGUUAGCAUUCUACUUAACAAGCUAACAAAAGUGAGAUAUCUGCCCAAACAAGCUUUAGUUCCCUACCUAUCUAACAAGCUAGCUGAGGAAAUGUUAGCUAUGUUUAAAAUUAGGUAGCUAACGUUAGCAUUCUACUUAACAAGCUAUCUAACAAAAGUGAGCUAUCUGAACAAAGUAGCUCAAGUCUGCUGACCUAACCAGUCUUUUUGUGAAAAUGGGUAAAAUGAUCUGCGGAUCAAAAUAUGUGAUGCAUAAUAAUACAGGGUUUGGACCAGGUGGUUGUCAUAAGAAUGGCAGUUUCACACAACCUGAUGCACUAUUUACCAGUUGUCAGAAUAUUAAAUGAA